CACUAACCGGCGUCCCCGACCCGCAUAUUUAGCAGUUGUACGCGACGCACGGCACGUGCGCGCCCGCGGUGCCCUCCUCCACCACCUCCUCCGCCGUCGUCGCUCUCCUCCACCACCUCCUCCGUUGUAGGAGCAACCGCUCCGUAGAGGCCAGUCGGGAGCCGGAGCGCCUUCCCUCCCGGUCGCCUUGCGUUGCUGUGAUGGCCGAGCUGGCUCAGGCGGAGUUAUGCCCUCCGGGGCACACCGCGGCGGCGACCACGACGGGAAAGAGCGUCCAGGUGUGGCGUGCGCUGGUGAACUGGGUUGCAAUCCUGUUUCGCCUCCUCCUUCAGAUCCUGCGAGGAACACCGUCGUGGGCACAGCUCCUUUCCUUCGUCGGCCUCCGACACCGCCUCCUCUUCUCACCGUCCGCCGCAUCUACGGCUUAUAUGCCUCUAGCAGUGGAUCAACUGACAGACGCCCAGCCCCUCCCCGCUGCAACCUCGUCGGAGUUCCUUAAUAGGCUCACGGUUGUACUUGAUUUGGAUGAGACUUUAGUUUGUGCAUACGAAACAUCCAGCCUUCCAUCUGCAGUUCGUAUGCAGGCCAUUGAAGCAGGUCUAAAGUGCUUUGAACUAGAAUGUACAUCUUCAGAAAAGGAUGCUGAUGGAAGACCCAAGAUCAAUCAUGUCACUGUUUUUGAACGCCCUGGUUUGUGUGAAUUCCUAAAACAGUGCAGUGAAUUUGCAGAUCUUAUUCUUUUCACUGCUGGCCUUGAAGGUUAUGCCAGUCCUGUUAUUGACAGAAUAGAUGUUGAUAAAAAAUUAACUCAUCGGCUCUACAGGCCUUCGACAGUGAGCACGGAAUACCGAGAACAUGUCAAAGAUCUUACUUGUGUAUCGAAAGAUCUCUGUCGCACUGUCAUCGUCGAUAACAAUCCAUUUAGCUUCUUGCUUCAACCGUUCAAUGGAGUACCAUGCGUGCCAUUCUUUGCAGCACAGCCAUGCGACAACCAGCUUAUGGAAGCCAUUCUUCCCCUUCUGAAGCAACUUUCGCUUCAGAAGGAUGUCAGACCUGUUCUAUACGAAAAGUUCCGCAUGCCUGAAUGGUUCGAACAUCAAGGAAUUCCCAUCAGAAAUCCUAGUCUGUGAGAUGCCAUCAGAUUUCUACCUCAAAGCACCUUUUAUGGGGAUGUGCAUAUGUGCUUUUAAUCUACACACACAGGAACCCUAAUUGAAGGGUCCUUGCUUGAGUCUCCCGAGCGACAAAGAGUGGCGAAGGAUGAAGAUUUAUUGCUCAAAGGAAGAAUUUUGAGAUUGAAAUGGUCAAUAGCUGUUAUUUCCAGAAAAAAAUAUUCAAUUCUAGGUGUUCUGAUCGUAGAAUGUUCAGCAUUAUGCUUGUUUAGGAAGAUAUUAUUUCAGAUUCCGAGUGUAGUUGAUUUUGUAUUGUAUAUUAUUUCUCGUCAAUCUUUGGCAAGGAAUUGAAUUGCUUCAACGGCUUGUGCUUUGUCGACGGAAUGAAGUAGGUUUGUGUUCAUGGCU